AUGAAGAUGAAAGCCUUGAGGCCGGGCUCAAGGGGCCUCAAGAGGAGCUAUGAAGGUGAUGUUCUGGAAUUGUCGGGGUCUAAACUCUGCGGACUCCCCGACAAUUCCAUAUCUGAUUUGGUUGGUCCACAAAUUUUCCCCGGAGCUGAUGUAAAAGAAGAGCAAAUUUAUGAAUGGAAACUUAUUUUAGUGUACGGAUCGCCUUACAUUGAACAUAGACUGGAGGUGUGGAAUAAUAUUUCUUUGAACAUAAACCCGGAAGAUGAUAGGAUUGUAGUAUGUGGGGACUUUAAUCAAGUGGAAUUCAUAGACCAAAAAUUGGGAGGUUUAAAAAAUAUUCAGGGAAGGGAGGAGUUCUCUAGAUGGAGGAUGAAUUUAGGACUGUUUGAAAUCCCGUCGGUGGGGACUCGAUUCACCUGGUGCACUAAUAGGGCGGGGGAUGAAAGGAUAUAUGAAAGACUAGACAGGAUAUACUGCUCGGAGGGGUGGAUGCAGGACCAUUUAGAAGCGAUUACUUUCAACCUUCCUAUUAUGGUGUCGGAUCAUGGACCUGGUUUACUUAAUACGAAUCCAACCCAAUCAAGGAAGAAAAGAUUAAUAAAGAUUGAUUCAUGGUGCUUAGACUUUGCAGAACCUAAGGAAAUUGUCCAAGGUGUUUGGGAAAAAGUAGGGGAGGGAUCACCUAUGUUUAGAAUUUCAAAACGAUUAUCGGAAGCUAGGUUCCAACUCUUCAAAUGGUGUAAGGAAUAUAAAAGUAAGAAGGGAAUUGUAUGGGAUGAUUUUUCAAAUCAGUGUGAAGAGGGGCAGUUGGAUUUUUCUUCGGCUGAUUUUGGUAUGAAAGAAGAGGGUAUAAGGAAGGAGGUGCAAGAAAAACAUAAAGUCCAACUGGAGUACUGGAAACAAAUAGCAAAAGGGAAGUGGACUACAUUGGAAGAUUCAAAUAGUAAGUGGUUUUUUAGGAAAGCGAAAUCAAGGAAAAGGAAAAAUGAGAUUCUCAUGCUUAAGAAUGAUAAAGGAGAAUGGAAAUCAACUAAGGAAGGGAUUCAGGAAAUCAUCCUAGAUUAUUUUGGGGGAAUAUAUCAGUGGAGGCAAAUGGGGGAAGAGGCAAAUCAAUGGGAGCCUCCGAGGUAUUUAGAGGGUUGUCUACCAAAAAUUUCGGAGGAGCAAGCAGAUAUGUUUCAGAGAAGAAUAUCAAUGUCAGAGGCAGUGCAAUACUUCUUUACUAAGGGUUUUUUGCUUAAAGAAUGGAAUGCCACUGUAAUUUGUUUGAUCCCGAAAGUGGAGAAUCCUGAAGAGGCUUGCCAGUAUAGGCCAAUUAGCCUAUAUAAUGUAGUUUACAAGAUAAUUUCGAAGGUACUGGUUAAUAGAUUGAAGCCUAUACUGGAUGGACUAAUCUCCCCUUUUCAGAAUGCGUUUGUGCCAGGAAGAAGGCUAUCAGAUAACUGUUUAAUUGCGCAUGAGCUGGUUACCUUGAUAAAAAGGAAGAAAAGAGGGAAUGAAUUUCUAGCUGCUUUGAAGAUUGAUAUGUUUAAAGCUUAUGAUAAAGUAAACUGGAGGUUCUUAGAAUGGAUGCUUGCUCAAAUGAAUUUCCCUAGGAGGAGUAUUCAUUGGAUCAUGCAAUGUGUCUCCACGGUUUCGUACUCGGUUCUUAUUAAUGGUGAAGUUACAAGAAGAUUUAAACCAAAGUGUGGACUGCGACAGGGGGACCCUCUCUCGCCUUAUCUUUUCAUCAUGGUCAUGGAGGUAUUCUCGAGGAUGAUUAUGCAGGCUCAAGAAAGAAGGCAAAUCGUUGGAAUUCAAUUGUCGAGAAGAAGCCAGCCUAUUUCCCAUCUAUUUUUCGCGGAUGACUCCCUGCUGCUUUUUAAGGCGACCCCUCAAUCAUGCACGGCAAUCAAGGAAGUGAUCAAAGAUUUUAGUAAGUUCUCAGGUGAGGCAGUGAGAAUCCAUGAAAACAAGAACCUCUGGAUUUCUAAAGUUAUAAACGGGACACGAAUUAUGGAGGAUAAAUGGGUACAGGGGGAGCCACUACAAUUGAGAAAUGGGAUAGAUCUUGUGGCAAUGAAUUUGAGGAAAGUGGAGGACUUAAUGAACAAUGAAAAGAAUGGGUGGAAUAGCUCUUUAGUAUGGUCGAUUUUCAAAAAGGAAUCCGCAAAUAGAGUUUUGGGAACGUAUAUUCCUAGAUUUGAGAAUCGAGGGGAUGAAUAUGUCUGGAGAUGGAAGGACAAGAGCUCGUUCAACACAAAGAGGUUGUAUGCUUUUUUGAUGGAGAAGUCAAGUGAUCAUGAGAGACUCGUUAAGCAACGGAAAAGUUGGAACAGAAUUUGGGCCCUUCCAGUAAGACCCAAAUGGAAAGUGUUCUUAUGGAGGAUAAUGGAGAAUUGCUUAGCGGUAGGCUCUAAUAUGGAAAAGAGAGGAAUGGAGGUGCAGGGAGUAUGUGUUCUUUGUCGGCAGGAAAAAGAGAAUGAAGAGCACUUAUUCAGGGACUGCCCUCUAAUAUCAAGAGUGUGGGCAGCCUCGUGGCUAGGAAUCCAGACUCAAGGUGCAAGAUUUAUCCCAAUAAGAGAGUGGAUUGUCAAUUUUGUGAACAAAUUCUGGACCGAGGACGGGCGACAGAGUGAAAGGGGGAUAUGGCUAUGUGCGUUAUUGUGGGGCAUAUGGCUCCAUAGGAACGAGGUAGUUUUUCGCAGGAAUAACCCAAAUCCUUUAGAAAUUCUGCGUCAGACAGAAAAUCUGGUGGCACAAGAGAAAAUGAGAUGGGCGAGUAUGAAAGGGGAAGGAAACCUGUUGCCAAUACAGGAGGCAGGUCUAAAGGAUUUAAGAUUCACUCAUGGAUAUGGUAUAGGGGGAGCAUGCGAAAUUAUAGUGGAUGGGGCAUGGAAGAAAGUCAAGGGGGCGAGUGGUGCUAGAGCUGGUAUAUAUAGGAUGGGUGGCUAA